AUGAGCGCGCUCGCAAAGACGCUACCUUCAGUAUGUCGGCAAUGCCAACCUCGAGUUAUGGCUCUGCGUACCUUUCGACCUUUUUCCUCGUCCCCGAACGCCUCCGUGAGCCUGAAGGAGAAGACAAGGACGAUUGAGAACCAGAUCCUGGAUCGCGAAGCAGAAUCCUCCGACAGUUCUUCACCAUUGUCUGCUAUUUCUAGAAUGAUGACUGGCGACAAAUCCUCCUCCAGUGCGGCCUCCGACUAUGCUCGUCUGUCUGAAAGCCUUGAAGCCGACAUGAUGAAAAACCCUUACGCCGACAAGGCUCCUCCCCACCACCUCCACGUCUAUUCACACAAGCACAACACCAUUUUGACCCUGACGCGACCGAACGGUAACCCCAUACUGUCCAUGGGCUGCGGCCAAAUCGGUUUCCGCAAAGGCGGUCGUGCAGGCUUCGACCCUGCCUACCAAUUGUCCUCCCAUGUCUUGUCGCAGAUUCAAGAACGGGGCCUUUUGCUGGACAUCAAGCGAAUCGAGGUUGUUUUCCGCGGGUUUGGGAAGGGCCGGGAUGCAUUCACCAAGGUCCUGCUCGGCAAUGAGGGACGCAACGUCCGUGGGCUUGUCAGCCGAGUGACCGACUCAACUCGCCUCAAGUUCGGUGGUACUCGAAGCCGGAGGGUUCGCAGACUGUAA